AUGCGCUCUCGCUACUAUCUCGUGUGUCAAUUGUGGUCGCAGGAAGAUCUGGACGCGAGUCUCCUUCGGCUUCUGCUGGAGGGCACUGACUCGGCGUCUUCAAGUACGGCUCUGUCCUGUCCCGCAGACGCUUCAGUCCCUUCUCAGCACGACCCUUCCCUGUUUUCCACGUCCUUCUUGUCGGGGGACGGCGACGAGGACGACGGAGAAGACGAAGACGAAAAAGACAGAGAAGGCGACCGCGAUCAGAGCGACAGGGCUUCGUUGGACGCGCGUAUCGUCGAAGGAGGUGUGACGACGCACCUCAUUCGGCUGACCCCCGGAGUUCCUCAGCUUUCAGGCCUCUGCAUGCAGGCCAUCGAUCAAGGCUUCUCGCGACUUCACGCUGCGCCUGUGCAGGAUGCUAUCUCCGCUACGGGCGCCGCCCACAGCCGCGCGUCGUCGGCAGCGAAGCCGCGGGGCCUGAGAGGUUCCAGUUGCUGGGCCACAGAGCUUGAGGGAGAAGCUGACGAGGAUUUCUCCGGUAGAAGCGAGUGCGGACUACAGACAAAGGAGAGUGCAGCGCUGCAUGACAAGCGGCACGCGAAAAGUGCGGCGGCUCUUCCCUGCACGACUGGCUCGCUUCCUUCGUCGGAGUGCUCCUCCGCCGCGACGUGUAGGCGCGGUGUCCUCCCUCCAGCAGGCUAUCACUUAGUGGAUGGAUUUUUGGGGGCAGCUGGCGAGCAAGACGCUGUUGAUCCCGCGAUCUUCCCGCCCGACUUCUCAGACGGGAAAGCGGCGUUCGCAGCGUGGGCGCACCACGUUCUCGCCCUGAGCUCUACAGACUCGCGUGCGCCGUAUCUCGCGCAGGAUCGCGGAAACGCAGGCAGUCCCGACGCGUCGCCGAGUCCACCGCAGGAAGACGAGAAAGGACCUUCCGCAGCGGCUGGGACUUCCGUGCCUCAGGCUGGCAGCGGUGGCUUCCCUGUCACGCUCCCCGAGUUCGGGGAAGACAACAAAUGGGGGUGGUGGCGGGAGGCGUCCACGACCUUGCCGCUGCAUGCAAGUCCUGUCUAUGCGCGGCACCUGUUCGAGCUGCCUUUGUCUGCGCAAGAUCAACUCGUCGCCAGGCACUCCGCGGGUGCCUUGGAGGAGGCCGGGACCGGAGGAACGCGCUGCAAGGACGUCGCCGCAGGCCCGAGGGGCGCGGAGUGCAGUGACGGUGACGCCAAAACUGAGAGAGAAGAUGAGCAGGACAGCAAACGGAUACAGAACCGAGAAGGCGCAUGGGAAAUGCCUGAGACAGGAGAGGCGUGUCCUCACGAGAGGCGACGGGGGGCGUGGAGGCCGGAGGCAGCAACUGAUGAGGAGGAAGGAAAGAGGAGCGGACAAGAGAACGCCGAAUGCUGCUUUUCUCCGCAGCGUCUCGGCGCAGCUCGGCUCCGCGUCAUCUGCGAGUCAUCCUUCUCCUUGCCCGGCGUCUCUGAGAGUGGCAUUUGGGAAGCAGGACUUCUGCUGUCGCGGGACGCCGUGACCACGCGCACAGAGGGCGGGUGCAGCGGCAAUGGGGGGCAGGCACACGCAGAGACGUCCUCUUCAUCACGCGCCUCGCUAGACGAGGCGACUGCGCGCGCGACAGAAGACAACGACGGCGGGAAGAAAGCUGGCGUGUGCAUCCCCUGCGGGGUGAGGUCGCUCCAUGCAUUCGCUGUCUCGGUCUUGACGCGCGACGCUCUCCUCCCCAUUCUCCCGAACCCUCUGCCGUCCUCCGGAUGUCACCUUCUUCUUGCUGCACUCGAAGGCGAAGCCGACGCAGAGGCCUCCACGCAGGGAGGGAAGCACGGAAGAAUCUUUGACGAACCGCGAGAGGCGCCAAGCCGCAAACCCGCAGUCGUGUCCAGGCGUCGCGAACAAGAGACUGCGCUUGAGGAGACACGUGGGAAAAAUAGACGCGGCGUAAACGCUGCGGACCCAGACUCACAGCUUUCCUCCUCCGGUACUGGCUCGCCGCUUCCCCUCUUCUCUGGAACUUCUGUCUCGUCUCUCUGUUGCUGCUGCUGCUUGGAGUCGGCUCGGUUGUCGCCUCGUUCUCUCUCUGUCUUCCUCCCUCUUCUGAAGCUCGCCACCUUCCUCCUUUCAUGUGUGACCUUGGCCAAAGCCGACGGUCUUCCUGCGUGCACCGCUCUUCAGCUACUGUUGGAUGAGACGAAGAGGAGAGACUACCUGAAAGAGCGAUCGUCCGCUCUUUCGCCUCGGCCCCGCGCUUCGUCUGAGUCUCCGUGCGCCGCAUCCGGCGGCGACGUUUGCGUAGAAAAGGCUCCCGACGCUUGCAGACAGGAGCCGCAGGUCUCGCUUUCGCUUAGCGAGCUUGUCGAGAGUCUACGCAUAGCGGCAGAGGGCCUGAAACACGAAGCACGGCCGAAGCGAAGAGACAGACGAAGAGAGGAAGAGGCAAAACGGAAGGGGGGACAGCCGAAGAGGCCAAAACCGACAGAGUCCCUGCCGACCCAUACGGCCGGCGCUGACCAAACUGAGGAGGACGAGGAGGCAUCUGGACACGGAGGCGAGGCCGAGUCAAACACGACAGAGGAGGAGGACCUUCUGAGCGCAGCUGUGGGACAAGCUUUCCUUCUCAUCGUGUCUCUCCUGCAGUCGCUUCGAUUUCUCGUUGUCGUGUCUGGCGCCCAAGACUGGCACCUUGUCGAGGCCCAAGCGGCCUCCCGGCGGUACUGUGUCCGUCGGCAAGAAGUCGUCAAAGACCACAUCGCAAAGUUGAAGCACGAAGAGGCAGACGGCGGAGACGACGGCGAACCGCUAACAGCAGGAGAGCCGGAGCAGCCCGGCUGCGGAUCCGAAUGUGGAGGUGUCGCUAGCCGGCAGAGCGCGGCCUGCAGCCCCCCUUCCUCCCCCUCGCCGUGUGUCGCCUCUUCCGCUCUAUCGCCCUCCAACCGCCAUUCGGAAGAGAGGCCGUCUGGCUGUGGCGCUGCGUCGACCUGCGCGUCCCAACGGCGGCCGUUUCUGCCGGCGCACGAACCCGCUGCUGCGCGGUGCGCGCUGGCAGGGGUCUCGCCGCUCAUUCUGCGCGUGUGGGGUGACUCGGGUUUUGAUGCCUUUGAAAUGCGGAAACAGAGGACUGUUCUCGGGGACGCCGAGAAACAGGGGAGGUUUGCAGGCUCGCCGCCAGCGUAUGUUGACGCAUUCGCUUCUGGCGACAGCCAAGGCAGCAGACAUGUACCUCGUCGCUCUUGUGUGAUGCAGGUGGCGCAGGAGUUCUUCGCACGUCUGUUCUUUGACCAACAGCGAAGAGACGGGCAGGCAGCGGGCAGGAGACGCGGAGAGGCGACAUCGUCACGUGUAGAAGAUGCCGUCAACAGCGCCAUGAACAGGGAAACUGAACCGGGAGCGAGAAUUAUGCGAAAUGCACGUAGCUCGCCUUCUUCCGGACGCGUUUCGGAAUCGGCGUCAGGUCGCCUGGGCGGCCAUAUUGGGCAGCUAUACGUACUACAGAAUGAUGUCGCGCCAGUCGCAGCGUGGCUGCGUCUCGACGGGCGCGUGCAUGAAUCGCUUCUUCAAGUCCUCGCGCUGAGGUGCUGGAGUCUGCUCGGAGGAAAACCGGGCAGCUCCGCGAGAGAGGUGAGAGAUGCACUGGCUAUCUUGGAUCUAGCCGACGUCUCCUUCCUGCUUCAGUCCUGGACUCGGGAUGGAAUUCUUCAGUCUGCUUCCUUGAGUCCCUCUUCUUCCAGCUCUUCUCCGUCUCCAUCCCUCGCAUUCGCGCCUUUCUCUUCGUCUUUCCUUUCGACUUUCUCAACCCGCCCCCAGUUCUUGUCUUCUGCCUGUCACCUGCACCACCGCUCACCCGUCGCCCGGGCUCCUGCGGUUUCUCGCCAGCUGAGAAAGCGCCAUCUUGCUUGUGUCACCGGCGCCCCCAGCGCGUGUCCUUUAGUGCACGCGUCAUCAGGUUCAGAAAAGAGAAGACGAAAAGAGUGUGGUUCCACGCCGUCUUCGCACGCCAUGUGCAGAAAGAGAGGAAACGCGAACGACGCUAGAAAGUCGGAAAGCAAUCCGCGGGCUCGGGUGGACGAAGAGGACGACGGCUGCGAAACAGGCUACGCGCUUAGCAGCGGGGGGGAACGGGAAGAAAGACAAGGUAGAAGGGACGCAAGUGCGGCAAAACGCGUCGCCAAUGCAUUCAGUCUGUCGGCUAUCCGGCGAAUUGUGGAGAAGACCGAGACUCUAGCUCUGCAUGUAAAGACGCUCUAUUUUCCCUCUCGAGCCGAGGAUGUUCUACCAGGAUUCCAAGACUUGCUUCUCCCUCGCUCUCUCUGCGGACUCCAGACGCUAGAAUGA